AUUAUUCAAUGCGUUGAUAAGGUUAAGGUCGUUUGAAAGUUGUUAUAUACAAGUCUCAUUAGCAUACGCAUGUCACUACGGUCAUUGCGUUAUACCAUUAUAAAAUGGGGCGGGAGGACGUUCAUUACAAAACUUUCAGUCCUGGGAUUCCAGUAAUACGAAUCUUAAGGCUCCUGUUUGUAACCUGCAACAACUUAUGAACUAUGUGCUGAUUUUGUUCGUUUACUUUUAUCCAAAAACAUAUCUUUGACAGAAAAUAUGUCUUGGAUAGACACCUCUCACCCCCACCGUUUGGUAAUACUUCAACCGAACAGGAGCACGUUGCCUGACAUGACCAGAAAGAAAACCGUGUGAACGCACUUAAAACACGAUCAGAAAACUAAGGAUUGCAGUGUGUCAACAAUAGCGAUUCAUCCGUGUGGUGAUGGUCGCAUGAAAAUCGUCAAGUCAUUUUAAGAUAUUGCAGAUAUUUAGACAGAAUACCCUAUUCAGCCCCACCACCGAGUCCACCACCAUGACGACGGCGGUUCAUAAGCACAGUCCGUUAGGCAUCAUCCUAAUAGUAGGAGCUGCCGUAGCCUUCUUCGUCACAGCUAUCUUCAACGGGGCUGCCGGUUCCUUUGGUAAAAACAUCGGUUUAUUUUACAGCUCGACAGGGAACAUCUCUUUCCUCUACGAUACACAGAUAACACCCGCAGGCUGGGUGUUCAGCAUCUGGGGCUUCAUCUACACAUGGCAGGCACUGUACCUUGUCUACGGAAUAACCACCAUCUUCCGUAAAUGUGAAGAUGGUUACCUUUACCAAGCGCCGCCUGUCGUCCCAAUCUACACCUACGGUGUCUACGUCAUCAACAUGAUGAUCAACCUCACCUGGAUCUUCUGCUGGGAUCGACAAUGGAUGAUAGCUGGCCUCGUUAUCAUUGCGUUAAUGGUGUUUUCUCUUCACGUGAUGCUGUUUUGCUGCUACAGAGAAUUCGACAAGGUUGCAAUGGCGCUGAUUAAAUAUGGGAAGAGCUACGAAGUUUGGUUGGUUAGGAUAAUAUGCCACAAUGCAUGGGCAUUUUACUGCGGAUGGAUCAGCGUCGCUACGCUUCUGAACUUAACAAUCGUAAUGGCGUAUCGCGGCAGAGUCUCGGUGCAGGACGCUUCCACUGUUUCCCUCAGUAUCCUAACAGUUGAACUCCUUCUAUAUUUCUGCCUUGAAACUUUCGUAUUCGACCGCUUCUUACGGUACCAGUUCAGUCAGUACAUCCCAGUGCUUUUUGCCUUGAUAGGCGGGCUAACGAAAAACUGGCAACCGAACAGUAGGAAUUCUAUUUUCACUGCAGUGUUGCUGGGUAUCGCCGUUUGUCUGUCGAUAGCUAAGCUCGUCAUCAUGAUUGUGCGGCAUAAGAGAUCCCCAUUACCAAACCAAAAGGUCUCGGACUCUAGUAUGAACGUCAAGGAUGAUGAAACGAAAACCAUACCGGACACUCCACCUCCUGAGUAUGACAACAAACUGCAAGAUGUCUGAAACUCGACUGGGGCCUAUUGAGAAGAUAUUUUGUGUUAGACAAUGGACACAAUAGACUUGGUUCACCUAAACAACCACUUUAAAAAGCGAGUCAGUUCUGUCAAUGUAGAUAGUCAUUUAUACGCGGAGCAACUUUUUUCAUGUCGGAGAUCAAUAGGAGGGGAUAAGGGAUAAAACGAUAAUGUUAUUAAGUCCCUUUCCUCACCAGGAAUCAAGGUCCUAGACCCAGUGAUUCAUAACUGGAGAGACCUAAGCCGUCGUAGUUUACGAUCAUGCAGAAAGUUUUAUGAUGUAUUUUAUUACGAUGUUUUUUAAGAAGAAGUUUGUACAAUUGUAAAUAAAGAUAACACAUUUUUGAAAAAA